UAGUAGAAGAAUCAUUUUCAGUUUGUAUAUCGAGCGAACCAGACGUGCAUUUGUUGUUCUCUCGCAUUAUUGUGUAUUUUGAUCUUACAAAACCAAACAAUCCAGUUGAAUAUAAACAAACAGACAGCAUCUAAUCCAACCAAGUGAAAGAUUUUGAUAAAAUAAAGUUAUAACAAAAGCAGAUUUGAAAGAGAAAGGCAAUCGUUAACUGUCAUACGGCACCGCUAGAAAGCGUGAAUCGUCGUUCCCCGUCUUUUCUAACGGUCGUGGAUAAGAAAACGAAGCUGACGGCUAAACCUGAGGGGUGCAUGCCCUGUUCUCUCCCUAUUGAAAAUAUACGAAAACAACUUGAAUCUUUCAUGUUUACUAUGCCAGUUAGUAUAUCGUUACCAACCAAGUCCAGUCUGAAAUUCUGGAAAAAGCGAUCAGUCAGCAUUACUGAUUACGAUCCAACCUAUAAGGUACUGUACUUGGGGAAUAUCAUCACCCCAUAUGCUAAGGGUGAAGGAUGCACUGACAAGCCCUUGGCUACCUUAUGGAAGGCUUACACCAGCAAUCCCGCUAAAGUCCAAACACCUAUGGAACUGACCGUAUGCAGCUCGGGCAUCAAAGCUGUGACCAAGAAUUUCGGGGUGACUGAAUACUGGGCGUACAGGAUCACGUACUGUGGGGCCCCUGCCGAAUAUCCUGGACUAUUCUGUUGGAUCUACCGACAUGAGCGCCCCAAGAUGAAACAGGAACUGAGGUGCCACGCCGCCCUGUGUAUCAAGCCGGAGCAGGCGAAAGAGUUGACAGUGCAGCUGAAAGAUAGGCUAGCCCUCGCUUUGCAGGAGUUUCGAAGAGAGAAGUUAACCAGACAAAAAGCGAGGCUGUCUCUUGCUAAUGCAGUGUACGACUGUCCAUCAAUGCCCAGGAGAAAACUGUUGCUUUACAGAGGAUCCAUGAACUUCCGACCACCCAUAGAGAUGUCCAAAAUCGCCCCGAAAUUGGGCGUCAUCGAUGAGGACGAUCUUGAGGACGAACUCUAUGAACUGGAAUUUGGAACUCCUCCCAGCGAAGAUGACCUCUAUAUGUGCAGCUCAGAAGCAUCCUCUUUGUCAUCGUCUCCAGAAGAAGAGGACCUCUUCUCUCGAUUCCAUAUGCUAAUGCCCAGGAGACACUUGAAUUCGAAUGGGGAGGAAUCCUCUUGUUCGGAAGAAGACCUCUAUUCCGAAGACGCCAGAAGUACAACAUCUGACGAUAUACCUCUCAUAUCAUGAUCUCGGACUGGAGGACAUGAACAUAACGCUCCUUUUUUGAAAGCCAGUGGUUAACUUAUUUCUUUGGACUUAAUCAAUGCAGCAAAGAUGCCAAAGUUUUUAAGUUUAUUAUACUUUUUUAAUUUUGUAAAUACGAUAUAUAUUUAUUUAAGUUAAUGUUUUACCAAUACCAAAUAGAAAUUGUCUUCCUACAGCCGCCAAUUACAUGGUAUAUGUUCCAGAAUUAUGUUUGACUACAUUCUUCUAUGUAAUUCCAAUGUUGACGCUGGCCUCAAAUCCUUAUCUUGUGCGAAGAGCUCGAAUCGAACAUUCUCGUAUGUUUUGUCCGGAUAUUUGCCAACUGAACAUUCUCAAAGCAUUCUUCAUGACAUUUUAAGCAUCUUAUUCAUGUUAUACAGAAUAAAGAUUUCUUCUGUAAAUCCCCCCCCCCAUUUUUUGUUUAAUUAGAUUUAAUUAACUUUUAAAAAAAUGAAACUGAGUGGUGCUGAAAAAUUUUCAAUGAUACAGAGAUAAGACUUUUUUGAAUGUUGUAAUUGCUAGUUCAUAUGAUAUAUCGAAUUUUAUUGUUAAAAUAUUUAAGAAGCUGUUUUGACUGAGACAAAUGAAACGUUUCCUAUUUUCAUCAAUUUAUAAAUAUGUUCCAAAUAUUUUUACAAGUUUAACUUAGAAUAUUCAUCCUUUGCUAACUGGAUUUUCUCCAGAAAGUUUUGGAUAAUGCUCACUAUACCAAAAGUUUGAUAUAAUGAUAUAUAUUAUCAAAUAUUUAUUUAUUAGAGUAAUGGAUCUGUAUUUGCUAGGGUAUUAUUUUAAAUAAUCUUAAUUUUGUCUUUAUUUUUCCUGUUUUCUGAUGAAUUGCCUGAAAGUUAGAACUUAAUUUUUUUUUUCUCCAUAUAUCGAUUCUGAUUGUUUAAAACUAUUUUGGAUUUCAAAGCAAUGUCGAUUGCACUAGUCUUUAAGUUGUCUUUAUUUUGCUGUGUGAAGUGCUUAGUAAUUUAUUUGCUGUGUUCAGUCUUCCUAUGAGACUAGUCUAGAAGCGCCAUAACACCAUUGUUUCAUAUUUUCAUUGAUUCAUACCGAGUGUGAUACAGAAGAAUUAUGUAAAUAUGUAUAGAUUUAUUUGUAAAUAUUGUUGUUGUUUGUGUGAAUAAAUGUUUGUUUUGUUGUAGUUA